UCAGUCUCUUGCCGAGGAAUCCCAGGCAGCGUUUAAUUGCAGAGUGCAAAGGCUUUUAGUUGGGCUGAUGAGCUAAGCACCAGAGCUGUGGCGCUUUCCACGCACCCUCCGAGAUCACACAACACCACAUGGAGUCCUUCACUGGAAGAGCCUCACACGGCGGCUGGAUUUCAGGUGGAGGGGAGAGAGAGGGGAUUCUCAAAUAAUCCAGGUAUGGGCGACUAUGUGAGAGAAUAUACCAGAGGCGAGAGGCAUUGAGAGGUGGAGAAAAGAGAGCCAGAGAGGGGAGGGGAGAAGACGGGAAAUACUCUGCCAGAGAGAGAGAGAGAGAGAGCAAGACUGGAUGCCUGCAGCAGCAAAUGAGACAGAGCAACUAGGCGGGAGAGGUAGAAAGAGAGACAGAGAGGGAGGGAGGUGGAGAGGGGCCCCGUCCUGGAGAGAGGGCUACAAGGGUGGCCAAAGAAGAAGGAGCGAGAAAAAGUUAGGUGGCGAAGAAAGUAAGGUAAAGAAGGUCUGAGGAAAGUGUGCCUGCAAGAUUAACAGUUACAUGAGAGAAGAAAAGGGGAAACAACAGACAGGAAGGAAGGGGAGGGAGGAAGGAGUCUUGGGUUGAGAGUUGAAAAAAAGAGAGAGAGAAAGAGAGCGAGAGAAAAGUUUUCUUGUGGGAAGACGUAGAUGAGAAAAACAGUGAGCGAAUGACUGGGCUGGAGUGAGCUCCUGUCGAAAAGGAAACCAGGUUUUUUUUUAAGCGUUUUCUACUCAAGUCUACUGCCCACUUUGGACAUGUACACAGAAGACUCAGAAACGACGGGACGCCACCGAUUCCUCAACUACAACAACAUCAACAACCCCUGCCCCUGCCGGCACUGCGUCUACUACGACCAGCUGCACGGGUGUCGGCAGACAGCGCCGGCCGGACAGACGGACCUCUCAUCGCAGGGCUGCUGGAGAGACACCCAGGCUCCUCGCGUCAAAGACGUAGGAGGCAGACCUUUCCUGGCGGACAGAGUUGAAAGACCCGGUCAUUUCAGCCCACAGAGGAGGCCUGUGUUUGCGGGGCCGGGCCCUUGCAGCCGUUCGGAUGACUUGAGUCAAGCCUGCCCCUGGGAGCUGAACCCUGCCCAGCGGGGCGACCCGCCGGAGCCUGGGGUGAGACACUAUUCGUUUAUGAGAGAACAGUGUGGCUGUGUGGCAGGCGGCGACAGAGCACGCCCCUUCCACUCUGGGAUACCCCACCCUCUCCCUCAUCUUCAGGUCAAAAGUCAAGGGUACAGGCGGAGGCGAACUGUCAGGUAUAUUUCGGUGGAUGAAGAGGAGAGCUGUGGGUGUGCGCCGAAUGGCUAUCAUUUGGAGCCGCACCAUCCCCAGCCGGGCAAUCCGCACAUGACAAAUGGUCACUGUGGACCCAGGCGGGUGGUCUUUGAGGGAGAGGAGGAAAAAGAUGGCUAUCUGGACCAGGGCAGGCCAAAGGGUGGAUCAGAGGAUCGCUUUAAUGGCAGCAGUGAGUCCGAUAAGGGCUUCUUCUCCACCGAGGUCCCUCAAAGGCACUUGAGCCAGAGAAGGCGUAAAGGAGCCGACAUCACCUGCUCGGAAACUUCCAAAACGAAAACCGAGAGCAACCCACGCGGCGAGGCGUCGGAUGUGACGAGGCAAAGGGAGCGGCGGGACUCGGUGAGGGAUCAAAUCCGGCAAGUCGUGACAGAUCUGGAGGAAGUGUUGGGGGGUCUGAAGCAAGUUCACGUGGAAAUGAAAGAGGUGGUUGAGCAGAUUGAUCGCCUCACGGCAAAUAUCGACCUCGGCGAAGAGGAGCCGUGCAUCACUCAGGGGUCACCCGACAGCCUUCGCGAAUCCCCCCCUUCAGGGGACUUCAGGCUGGCCCCUCUGCCCCCUCCCAAGCCCGCGUCGGUUCGGGCCUCGUCGCAGGGCGUCGACGAAGACCGCGUCGUCCUCAGAACCAACUCUGUCUCUCCCGUGCACACGGCGUCCGUCGUCAAGACCAGCCACUUCACGCCGCCCGGCUACGACAAAAGGGUCGGUCACAAAAAGCCGAGCGCCAACGGCCACCCGCCUCAGCUGUGCCCCUCAGGAGAGUCGAACCACAACGGUCCUGUUCGUCCAGAGCCCCACCCACACACCCUGGACCCUACAGUGGUCAUAGGCAGCAGCACCUCCAGUGCACGGACUCAGAAGCCUCCACCGUACCCUCAAAAUGGUCGAUGUGGGAAGGGCCCAUACCCGCCGCUGAAGCCCGUCAGGACCCCUGCCUACCCUGCAAGAGGACGCCAGAGCACCAGCAUGGUGUGAAGGAGGAGGGGGUGGGGGGGAAACAGGAGGCCCAGCCGCAGAAAGUGGAGCUCAGAAAGGGACCAGGCAGGGGAACAAUUCAUAAUGCUGCUAAUGCCACUGGGACAAGCUGGUGGAAACAGAGCACGGCCUGAAGGUGGAGAUAUUUCCAAAGGGAAAACUCAUCAACCUGCUGCUGUGUCACAUGAGCACCGGGGGCUCUCAAACUCUCUCGAAAUUUAACCAGGAGAUGUACAACUAACACAAAGAGGAAUUCAACUGAAAAAAAGCUGUAUUUUCAUGAUAGAAUUUAUUUAUUUUAUUUUCAUUCCCAAAAUAUCUAUUUUUAUGCCCUUUCCAAAAAGGAUAUUGCUUAAACUAGAGCGUACUGUAUAAAUAAAUAUCAUAUAAGCUGUUCCAAAGCUAUUUUUUCUAUGAGAUUGUUUUUUUUUUUCUGCUACAGGUAUUGGAAGAGCGGAGACUUGAAUUGCAAUAAAAUGAGUUUUCCUGCACUUUUGCCAAACAAAUCAGUCAGACAUCUAACUGAGAUGCAUCAUUGAUUACUGAAUGUCUCGUUUUUGAAAAUGAAAUAAACAGACGACACCAGCAAAAUGUCA